GUGCCCGAAGACAAGCCCGGCUGCGUGCGUUCGGGAGGUGCGGCCGAGGAGGCGCCAUGGGGCGGCCCCGGGUGGCCGUGGUCCUGGCGGGCUGCGGGGUGUUCGACGGCAGCGAGCUGCACGAGGCCUCGGCCGCCCUGGUGCACCUCAGCCGCGGCGGGGCCGAGGUGAAAAUAUUUGCCCCCAAUAUAGAGCAGAUGCACGUAGUUGAUCACUUUCGAGGAAGCCCAACAGAGGAGAAAAGAAACGUGUUAGUCGAAAGUGCCAGAAUUGCACGCGGCGAGAUUCAAGAUUUAGCGGAUCUGAAAGUCAGUGAAUUUGACGCCGUCAUUUUACCUGGUGGAUUCGGCGUAGCAAAGAACCUGUGCUCCUGGGCCGUGGAGGGCAAAGACUGCACCGUCAACAGCCUGGUGAAGUCUACCCUUCAAGCCUUCCACGGCGCCAAGAAACCCAUGGGCUUAUGCUGCAUCUCUCCAGUGCUCGCGGCCAAAAUCUUCCCGGGCUGCGAGGUCACAGUGGGUCAUGAGAAAGAUGUGGACGGAAGGUUCCCCGAUGCCGAGACAGCCAGUGCCAUAAAAGAGCUUGGAUGCAAACAUGUGUGUAAAGAUGUGAGCGAAUCCCACGUGGACCUGGCCAACAAAAUCGUGACCACUUGCGCCUUCAUGUGCAAAGCCCCGCUGCAUGAAAUUUUUGAUGGGAUAGGUACAAUGGUGAGAGAAGUCUUAAAACUAGCCUGAUUGUCCCGGGGAUCCUUCCCACACCGCACGCGAACGGCUUACCCGUUUCCGUGAAAGAUGUGGAUGUGUUUGACCGUUCCAAUAAAACAUUCAGUCGUAAUCGGGUGAAUUCCUCGCCAUGCUAUCUGGCCGGAAAAUGAUUGCAAUGUCCUGUUGACCCCAGUGUAAUUAAAUGGCCACUGGCAAUUCA